GUGCUGCAGCUGCACAACUCGGCGUCUGGCUCCAGGGUGUACUCUGGCCAGCACUUCGUCGUCCGCUUCAUGAUCAAUCCUGGUCUUUUCAGCUUCUUCUUGCCGCUUUGGGACGAAGGGUUGCAGGAGGUGACUACCGCUUGGUUCAAACCCAUCAACCUCACGGCGGACUGUGUACUGUGUCGCGAUCAUAGGCCGGAUGAGAAGAACAUCUGCCGGUAUGCCAAAGUGGUCAAGGAUGUUUGACUGCAGUGCAGGUGGUUGGUGUGUUGCCAAAGCGGAUGCAUUUCUCUUACUCUCUUUGCCGCUGCUGCGUGUCUUGGUGGUUCAGAAUUUGAUAUGCGUAUGUCCUCCCGAUAC